AUGAGCACCAACAACAAGCAAUCCUCCGCCUACGGCACGCCCUCCUCGGACACAGCCUUCCGCAAAACCUGGGACCGUGAAGAAUACGCCAAAAAAGCCGCCGACGACGAAGCCAAGCGCAAAGAAGAAUCCAAAGCCCGGUAUGAGGCCAAACUACUAGGCAAGAAAUGGCACGCGCCGGUGGAUUACAGCCAACUGGAAGCCACGACAUCGCGCAAAGAGCGACUCGAUGUCGCUUCAAUGGUUGGCAAGACGACCAUUGUCGCGUCGGGGUCAGCGAUCGGAAAGAGAGGUCGGGGUGCGGGUUUCUACUGCUCGGACUGUGAUUUGACGUUCAAGGAUAACUUGCAGCUUGUGGAGCAUUUGAAUAGCAAGCAACAUUUGAUUGCGACGGGACAGAGCGGGGAGGUGACGAGGGCUACGGUGGAGGAUGUGCGGGAGCGGUUGAGGAUGUUAGCGUAUCGGAAGCGGGUGCGCGAGGAGGAAGAGAGGCGGGCUUGGCAGUUGGAUCUUGGGGAGAGGCUGAAGGAGCGGGAGGAGCAGGAUGCUAAGGAGAGGGAGGAGAAGAGGAGGAAGAGGAAUGAGAAGCGUCGUAAGGGAGGCGAUGGGAUUAAGCAGGAGGAUGAGAGCUGGGAGGGCAGGUUGGGGAUUAUUGCGUAA